AUGUUUGAAGUGGUUUCCAGCCGCGUCAGCUUUCCGGAUAUGGAAUCCGAAGUUCUGCGUUAUUGGCAGGAUCACGACGUAUUCCGGCGUUCUGUUGACGACCGGCCCGAUGCACCCUUAUUCAUGAUGUAUGAAGGGCCUCCCACUGCGAAUGGAAGCCCGGGGAUUCAUCACGUGCUCGCCCGUGUUUUCAAGGAUGUCAUUUCCAGAUAUCGCACCAUGAAAGGCUGUCGCGUGAUCCGCAAGGGCGGAUGGGACACUCACGGCCUGCCGGUGGAGCUGGAGAUCGAAAAGGAGCUUGGUCUUAGGUCCAAGCGCGAUAUUGAAGAAUACGGUAUUGCUGAAUUCAAUCAACGCUGCCGCGAGAGCGUGUUUCGCUAUGUGAAAGAAUGGGAAGUCAUGACCGACCGCAUCGGUUACUGGGUCGACAUGGAUGAUCCCUACGUCACCUUGGAUAACGACUACAUUGAAACUGGGUGGUGGAUCCUGAAGGAACUUUGGGAUCGCGGUCUGCUGUACGAAGACCAGCGCGGCACUCCGCACUGCCCCCGCUGCGUCUCCAGCCUCUCGUCCCACGAAGUUGCGCUGGGUUACCGCGAAAACACCCCCGACCCUUCGGUUUUCGUCAAAUUCGAAGCUACCCGGUGGUUGGACGGUACGCCCCCCGUCGUACCCACCUACUUGCUGGCCUGGACCACCACGCCCUGGACGCUUCCCGGAAACACCGCCCUCGCCGUUAGCGCCGAGGCUGAAUACUCUGUCCUUGAGAUUACCGCCGACACUGCUUCCCCAUACCGCAUGGUGGUUGCCACCGACCGUCUGGCCGCGGUUUCGGUCGGAAUAUCAGCAUACGGUUCGCCUAUCAGCAAAUUCACUCGCCGCGACAGUUCCUCAGGAAAUACCACCGUGGAACUUUUGGAUGCCGAUGGUUACGAUCCCCAUGUCGUCGCCGCCGACUUCGUGAGCAUGGACGACGGCAGCGGAAUCGUACACAUCGCUCCCGCCUUCGGCGACGAGGACCUGGGCCUCGGCCGGGAAAAGGAGCUUUCAUUUGUCCAACCGGUGGACCUGCAGGGGAUCAUCACCGCGUUUUCCGAAUUGGCCGAACUGUCCGGCGCUGUUGUUGAUGAUCUGGAUUUGCACCGUCCGUACGUUGACAACGUCACCUGGAAUUGCGGUUCGCUGGAUUGCGACGGCACGAUGCGUCGUAUCCCAGAGGUGAUGGACGCGUGGUUUGACUCCGGAAUGAUGCCGCUGGCUCAAUGGCAUUAUCCCUUCGAGAACACCGAGAUCGACCACGACGGCCGCCUCCCCGCUGACUACAUCUGCGAGGCGGUGGAUCAGACCCGCGGCUGGUUCUACAGCCUCCACGCGUUAUCAACGCUAUUGAAGGACGACGUUGCUUACCGGAACGUCAUUUGCCUUGGACUCAUUCUCGACGGCCGCGGCCGAAAGAUGAGCAAGCGUUUGGGAAACGUCGUUGACCCGAUCACGGUGGACGACAACCUAGACCACUACAAUCCCACCGAUGCUGGUCGUCGCAUCCAGGAAUUUAUCGAUAUCCUGUCCAACUGGUACGUGCGUCGGUCGCGCCGCCGUUUCUGGAAGAGCGAAAGCGACACCGACAAGCUCGGCGCAUACGCGACGUUGUAUAACUGCCUAACUACAGUUGCCAAGCUGAUGGCCCCGUUGGCGCCCUUCGUGGCCGAGCAGAUGUAUCGCAACCUCGAACAGCGUUACGAUCCGGGCGCCCCGGAUAGCGUGCAUCUGGCCGUGUUCCCGUCAGCCGAUGUUGAAUUGAUUGACCGAGCGUUGAUGGACGCCACUCGGUUGGCGAUGCGCGUGGCCAGCAUGGGUCGGGCUGCCCGCAGCAAAGCCAAGCUCAAGGUGCGCCAACCCCUGGCGUCGGUGGUGGUGCGCACCCGCACGCCCGACGAGGCUCAGUAUCUGGACUGGGUUAGCGGGCAAAUCCUCGAGGAACUUAACAUAAAGGAACUCCAUACCGUGGGAGCAGAACCCGAUCUUUACGACCAGGCAUUGUCGGCCGCUGGCGACAAUGCUGAGGCUAUCGUUUCAGUUGAAGGAUUUUCGGCGUCCCUGGAAUCUGGCUACAUGGUGGCGAUUGACACGCGCAUAACUCCCGAAUUGGCCGAUGAGGGAUUGGCGCGGGAACUGGCUCACCGUAUUCAGAAUCUGCGCAAGAACGCCCGCUACGAGAUCACCGAUCGGAUCAUCACUUACUAUCAGGGUCCCUCUGAUAUCGUCCGAGUCAUGGAUGGUCACCAGGCGUACAUCAUGCAGGAAACGCUGAGCGAAGCCCUGUUGGCCCAGGAACCCGACCCUGACGCAAGCUCGGAAUCUCAAAGCAUCGAAGGUAUGGAAGUGGUGCUGGGUGUGCGCCGCGUAACACCCUGA